UUGUGCGUUAUAAGCGACAGUGCUAGAUAGGUAGUGUGUAAAACAAUUAUUUUAUUGAAGUACGGAUGCCAAGCUUUGACAAUGAGCGCUGCGUACGGAGUGUGACGCGCGUGGACACCGGCCAAGCCAUGACACUGUGGUACACAGAUAUACUGAGCCCCGGCGCGGUGGCCGGCCCCGUGACGGAGGCGGGGUCUCGGGACGCGCUCGACGUGCGCUACUCGCUGGCCGCGCUCGCCGACGACUACACGAAGAGGAAACACGUGCUCCGGGUCACCACUGCCGCCGGCGCUGAACUACUACUACAGGCUGACGGCGCGGUCGACGCUCAGCGCUGGCUGGCCGCGCUCCGCCGACACUCGGCCGAGCCCCCGCCCGCCGACGAGGCGCCCUCGCCCGCCCCCGCCCCCGCCCCCGGCCCCGGCCCCGCGCACCCCGCCCCCGCGGCCGCUGACCCCGCCGCCGCCUCGCCGCUCCCGCCACAACGCACCAAGAAGAUCGGCAGAAACAGAUCCCCGACCGUGUCGAUGGUGGGACCUCCGACGCCGAGCCUGCCGUCGUCGCCCAAGAACAAGACGUGGAAGGGCCGCGUGGCCAAGCAGCUGCGACGGAUGCACGGCGGCACUGCGGGCUCACACGCCGCGCCGCCGGUCUCGGGCUGGCUGGGGGCGCCGCUCGAGAGCUGUCCGCCCGACGACCAGCACCCGCUGGUGCCGAAGGCGGUCACACUGCCCGCGCAAGCUGUCGAGGCGUACGGGCUGCGCACCGUGGGCGUGUACCGCGUGCCCGGCAACGCGGCCGGCGUGGCGGCGCUGGCGGCGUGCCUGGACCGCGGCCAGCCGCCGCCGCCGCAGGACGCGCGCUGGGCCGACGUGCACGUGGCGUCCAGCCUGCUCAAGGCCUACCUGCGGCGCCUGCCCGACCCGCUGCUCACGGCCGACCUGUACCCCGCCUUCAUCGCGGCCGACCGCUCGGCGGAGCGCGCGCGCGAGCUGCGGCGCCUGGUGCGCGCGCUGCCCGACGCGCACUACGAGACGCUCAAGUACCUGGUGGAGCACCUGCGGCGGGUGGCCGCGCAGGCGCCGCACAACAAGAUGGAGGCCCGCAACCUGGCCAUCGUGUUCGGGCCCACGCUGGUGCGCGGCGCCGCCGACGACAUGCUGGCGCUCGUCAACGACAUGUCCAGCCAGUGCCGCAUCAUCGAGUCCUUCCUCACGCACUACGAGUGGUACUUCGAGGAGGACGAGGGCGGGUGUGAGCCCCCGGGGGAGCCCCUCCCCGCCGCCCCCGCGCCGCCCACCUCGCGCGACCUGCUCAUACACAACGUGAAGAAAAUCGAAGGUAAAGACGUGUCGACCCGCGACAUUGUGUCGUCUAUCAUCUCGGCGGCCAACCGUAAGAUCCAGCGCAAGCCGCGCAAACCGGACAAGAAGUGGUCGGAGGUAGAGCGGGGCGGAGGAGGGGGAGGGGGGGAGUCGCCGCCCGCCUCGCCCGCCGCGCUCGCGCCGCAGCACGCCGCGCACAACAAAAUCGAGAUAGAGUCAAUGACAGCUCUAAGCCGCGGCAGACAGGACAUCAGCCGACACACGCUUAACAACUUCUCCAUAGACGGAACCGGAGAUCUAGUGUCCUCUCUCACGAGCACCUUCGACCAAAAGCUGCGCACGCUCAACAACUCGUCGCCGCUCGACGACGGCAGCAUCCCGUACGCCGACGAGUGCCAGGACGACAACGACGAGGGCAAGUCGACGGAGAGCACGCCCUCCGAGAGCAGUCGCAGCUCGCGCGACGAGCGCGUGUCGCCCGCGGCGCGCGCUCACGAGCUCAAGGCGGCGUGGCUGGCGCGCGACCAUCGCCACUCGUCGACGUCGAGCGACGAGCCCGACGCGCGCUGGCGGCCCCGCGGCGCCCGCGACGACGACGACUCCGAGAAGGAGAACUGCAUCAUUCCGAAGAAGGAGAGUCGCGAGGAGCUGCGGCCCGACGACGACAAGGACGUCGACACGCGCUCGCAGAGCUCCGGCACGACCGUCCCCGACAACGACAACCGCUACGCGUCCGGCGGCCGCGCCUGCAACCCGGAGUGCGUGAAGCGGAACAGCGCCGCGCUCGACGAGCGGCCCGGCGACGACGCCGACGACGACGGCGCCAAGCUGAAGCGCUCCGAGUCGCUGAACCGCGGCGGGCGCGUGCUGCGCUCCGAGAGCCUCAACUGUCGCGUGCAGCGCUCCGAGUCGCUGAGCAAGGGGGAGCGCAUGAGCAAGGUGGAGAAGGGCGAGUGGAACGUGGUGCGGCGGCGCGAGGGCGGGGCGUGGCGCUCCACCAAGCUGAAGCGCAAGAACGGCAUGCCCGAGCGAGGCAUCAAGCGGCGCCACACCGUGGGCGGCACCAAGGACUUCGACAAGGACUGGGCGCCGCGCCCCACGCGCACGUCCUCGCCCGACCUCAGCGGCUGGCCCGCGCUCGUGGCGCCGCCGCGGCCCGCGCUCGAGUCGCACGUGUGAGCGCGCUAUCUGAACGAGGUGCACUCUGUGGGUGCAGGUGUCAGAGACACCGCGAGGUGCUGAAUGAACAUGAACGAACGACUUUGUUAUACUUCUUAUCGCUUACAAUUUGAAAUACAAGAGAGAGGCUAUUAAUUUUGAUUUGUAUCAAUCGACUGAGUAGAAUAGAUCGACCAUAUUUUAUAAUACUCAAGUUACAGGCGCUUUAUGAUCCAGUACUGAAUCGGUUAUCGAAAAUUUUAGAAAAUUAAAUAAAAAUCACUGUGCAAUAUUUUAUACAUAUUAUAUCGAUGAAAUAAUUGAAUAGUUUAAAAGAGAGCUCACUAAACAAUGCCAAAGAGAUGAAAUAUACUGACAUGAUGAUUUGUGAAAGGAACAGGCGGCGACCAGAGAGAUGAGUGAAUGGGACGAGAUUGGUAUGAAUCGAGAGGAAUAUGAUGAGUACAUGGGCCCACGUGCGCCCGCCGGGUGGAGCGACUCUCUCCGUAGGAAUAGUUCUACUGGCCGAGGAGUUGCGACGGGGCCACUUGUAUAGUGCAAGAUGAAAGCAUAAUAGAUUUAAUAUAAGUGCUAAUAGUUCGUAAUGGAACGGAGCCAACGGCUUCGCAUAGUUAAGUAAUUGUACCAGAAGGUAUUCAAAAUAUGACCAGGAUUAGAACACCAAGUAAUUAAGGUUUACGAUUAGCGUUAGAUGAUACUGAACGGAAUCGGUUGGGCUUCCCCCAAGGGAAUAGGACACCGAGAUAAAUCACCACUUGCCUUUACGAUAGAUUCGACGUUUGAACGUUUGCACAAUUAGUAGGAUGUAUAGUUACCUGCACUGAAGACAACAGUAGCCCGUACCGAACGUGAGAUACGUUCAAAUAAUUCACGAAACAAUUAAAUAUAAUUUUAUGAAUUAUUUGAACUUCUUGAUUUUCUUACAUUUGGUAAUAGUUAAGUUCGCAUGUAGCUGUAGAUGCCGUCAAUUAUCGUAAUUUCUUAUUCAAUGUACAUAAUUUUAAUAUUUGUUUAUUUGUAAAUAUGACGCAAUAAUUACGAUUACUUAAUAUUAAAUAACGUAACCAACUUUUAGCUGAUGCAGUGAUAAUAAAGUAAUCACUUUCUUUUGUAUAAAUUGUACAUUAUUUUAAUAUUAAUUUAUAUUACAUUUUGUUAUCGUAGCUUUGUUGAAUGCAAUUUUAUUGUUUUGUUUAUCGAAGAAAGUAUUUUAGGCUAAAUUCAGUUGUUAUUUAUUUACGAGAUGUGGAAAGUGAUUCGGCACUAUUUUACUUUUGAACAUGUAUUCGAUUAGAAGCUUCUGUAAAUAUUAAAAUUAUGUUUUAGAUUUUCAUUAACUUUUAAAAAAUUUAUUACCAACUUACGUUAAGACGAUCUCAAGUUUGUUGAAUGUUUGAAAAGCGUUCCUUUUUAAAGUUUUAUUUUGUAAAUAUAUUGUUGUAGGAACAAUGGAUAACUAAUCGCUCGUAGUGUUAAGGUCGGCUUAUCUACGUAAAUAUAAAAGACCGGCCGCGGGGUAAACCCGCGUGCUGUAUCCGUUUUUUUCCAUUUCGAUAUAAUCUUGCUCUUCGUGUAACCCGCUAUGAAAUUUUAUUAAAACAAUAUGAAAUUUUGUAAAUCUGGUUUAAACCAGAUAUGACAUGAUAGUUGAUUGUCCUGUGUAUAUUUUGAAGUAUGAAAAUAAAAUACUGAAUAAAUUAA